CGAAAGUGAGGAAAAACUCUACUGUCAGCAUGGCUCUGAGGAGGCAUAUCAACAAAGACGUUCCCUCUGAAAGCCAACAGAUGGAUGAAGACGGUCAGGACGACGACGAGCUCGACGACGGAGACGACAAGGAUGAGUUCUCGACAUCUCUUCUCUCAACGUUAUCAACAAGAGGAACACGCAGGAAGGAGCGGGAACAAAAGUCAAAACCCAAAGAGAUGACGGAGGAGGAGAUGAUGGACUUGGCUCUGCGUCUGAGCGAGCAGGAAGCCAGCGUCACUGCGCUGCAGCAGCAGGAAGAGGAAGAAGCUGUGAUGAAGGCCAUCCAGGAGAGCAUGAGCCAGUCUCAGCCGAGUCCGUCCUCCCAGACUCAGAUCCUGCUUCCUGCAGCCGAGGCGUCGCUCAGACUCUGCUCCCGACGGAAACUCCUAUACUCCAACGGAGAGACGGAGCCGGCAUCAGAGGAGAGAUCAGGAGCAAAGAAACCCAGAGGUGAGAAUAACAACAGGAACAAAAAGCGGAAAAGAAAAGAAGAAGAAGAAGGAAGUCGUCUCUCUCCUCUGCCGGAGCUGCCGGAUUUAUCUCAGAGUCAGAAGAUCAGCUCUCAGGUUUCAUCCUGCAGCUCCGAGUCCGUCUGUGUGCUGCUCGACUCUCCGCAGAGCUGCGACUCCACUCAGAUCGACGACUGUCAUCUCGGUAAAUCUCCCGUCUUCCCGUUGACCGGCUGCAGAGCCGAGGUUCUGGUCCCUCGUCUGGACCCCGACACGCUGCAGACCUGCAGGAGCUCCGGCUUCGUGUUGUGCUCUCAGGACAGUUCCAGCCCGACCCAAAAGUCUCCGUCUGCUCAACGCACGAGUCCAACAUUUCCCAAAAUCCCCGGCGGCGUCGCUUUGCCCGAGAGCACGGCGCCUCGUAAAAGCCCCGUCUUCUCAGAGACUGGAGACGGUGAGCAGAGUCCGGAGUAUUUAAAAAGUCCGGUGUUUGGCAGGAACACUCAGCAUGAGACGCUUCCAAGUGCCUGCAAAGCAAGCAGUGAAAACUCAGGGUUCAUGUUCUCCUCUCAGGAGAGUUUGUGCUCCUCUGUGAGGCCGACUUCCUGCCGCUCCAGGAGCCCCGUGUUCGUAGCAUCACUGAAAAGCCCCGUCGCCUCGGAGACGGAGCGAGGACCGGACGGACCGACGGAGCGGAGACGAGACGUCGAUCCUGAUCCUGCAGAGCUGAGAGAGUCGAGCAGGGACGAGAAUCCAGCCAACGACUUUAAAGAUGCUUCUGUGUGUCUGCAGCAGGACAGAAAGACAGAUCUUAAUCCAGACGGCAGAUCUAAGGAGAGCAGCGUGCCGAUCCAGUCAGAUGCAGACAAGCUGAAAGAAACAUCUGCAGACUGGAACUGUGCAGCUGAGUCUGAGCUGACCAGUGACAUGACGCUGCACUGGUCUGAAGAGGACGACGAUGUGACGCCGGUCGGCUCUCCCAGUCCGGUCUUCCCAGAGGAGAGACUCGUUCACCAGGCAGACGACCAACCGGCCGCCUCCAUGAACCACGUUACGACUGCAGCUUCACCAGGGACCAACGGACCCAACCGAGGGAGUGUCGAUGAUCAGAACAGCUCGAACAAACGCAUCUCACUCAGACCUUCUACCUCUACUUCUUCUUCUACGUCUACGCAACCGCAGCCGUUCUCCACCACAGAGCAAGAACCACAGCAGCCAAUCAGCAGCCAGGGAGGCGAAGGUAGAGGCGCAGCAGGCGGGUCGACGGUUCACUACUACUGGGGGAUUCCCUUCUGUCCGCGAGGCCUCGACCCCGACUCAUACACACAGGUGAUCCUGGCUCAGAUGGAAGUGUAUGAGAAGAGUCUGAAGGAGGCUCAGAGGAGUCUGCUGAGGAAAGCUGAGUGGGGAGACCCAAUCCUGCCGGAGCCAGAGAAACCACCGUCACCAGAGUCGCCUCCCGCUGAAUCAUCUCAACAGCUCGUCCCUCGAAGGCGAUGUCUCCGACUGAGAAACAGAAAAUUCAACGCGGCAGCCGACUCUCCUCCAGGCGGGACAGCAGAGGAGGAAGAGGACGAGAAGAAAGAAGAGGAACGAGGGAAAAGAGGAGAAGAAGAGGAAGAAGAGAGGAAUGAAAGACAAGAAGGAGGAGGACCGGUGGAUACUGAUGACUGCGAGGUUUGUCCAGAGACGCAACUGAGCGACAACGACAGCACACAAGAUCUGAUGAUCGCCGCCAACGACAGAGCAGAGCUGCAACCGAAAAGUCCCGAGAAGCCCGAAGUCGAGGUGAUUCUCCAAGUCGAUUCUCCAGCCGGGGACGAGACGCAGGGAGAGAAGGAGAUGAUGGAGGUGGAUGCUCCAGCCGUAACGGAGCCGGAGGGAAACAAUCCCGUCAGCAGCCAAAAGGAAACAAAGGAAGAGGAGGAAGAAAAGGAGGAGAGAGUUGAUCCAGAUGUGGAGGAGAUAAAAGACAGACGGCUUCAGAGGUCUGACUCUCCUGAGCUGGAGCUGCUGGUCGUCCCUCAGAGCGCCGAGAACAACGUGGACUGUCCCAUCUGUCAGAGAUCCUUCUCCGUCACGGACAUCGAGUGGCACGCGGCUUACUGCGACGGAGAGGAGAGAGCCGAGGCCGAGUCCAGAGUGUCUUUGAAGCCACGAAGGAAGAGAACAAGGAAAGCUACUGAAGAGCCGACCGACCGCUCCGACGCUGCCAGGAGUCAAGAGAAAUGUUUCAUCUGUCAUAAAGCCGUUCCUCUGAGAGAGUACAGCCGACACACGGAGCUGUGCAUCCAGCAGCAGGCGACGAAGAGCACAGGGAAGGGAAACCUGCUGUCGGCUCUGCAGCACACAGAGAGCCGAGAUUCAGAGGCCGGUCCGUCUGGAUCCAGGCUGCAGACCGGAGAUGUAAUUGAUCUGCGGGACGACGAUGAUGAUGAUGAGGAAGAGGAGGAAGGGAAGGAGGAAGGUGGAGGUACGGGACAACGGUUCAGGAUCAGCGACUCUCCCAUCAGAUCCUUCACUCCCAUCUCAGAAGCCGGCGGCUGCCUGAUCAACUUCAGAAAGCAGCCGCCGGCCAAGAAGCCGAGCCAAAGACGAAGAUGAGGAGGAUGACGAGGAGGAUGAUGAUGAUAGGUUGAAGACUUUCUGCAAAAUACUGGAAACCAGAGCCUUAAAAAACAAACUGAACUUGAUGUCACAUUUUGAAUAUUUCCAUGCAGGUAAAAAACUAACAGGAAGAAACCGGAUGAUGCCACUAAAUGUGUUUUCUGUAUUUAUGUUUCGGACUACCUCCUCGUGUUACUGUUACCUUUUUAUUAUUUAAUCAUUUGGCUCCAUAAAAAUACAUCCAUGUGUCUCCUCAAACUCUCCGAGAGCGUCGAUCACAUUCACACAAACAAGUUAUUUCUUCUCUCAGCUCAAACAUGCACCUUUAAUCCAACACUUAGUGAACUAAUAUGAAUAUUUAGCAUUAAAUAUUAACAAUCAGCAUUAAAAAUGUCACACAAACAUACUUAAGUUUUAAUUUUUACAUGCUUUAAUGUUCUGAGUUGGUUUGUUUUAGUCAUUUUUUAAAAAUUAGUUCACGUGUUGCGUUCACUGACUGAAAAACGGAGUCGGAGUUUUGUGUACUGGAUUAAAAGUGUUCCUGCUGCAGAGUUAGACGCAGUUUUACAAACAAUAACAAUAAAAUAAUUUAUCAUAUCAUCUUCAAUAGACAUCAGAAUGAAUUAUUAACAUUGUUUUGACAUUUAUUAAAUAGUUGUUACUUAAUAUUUAGUAUUCCAGCUUUAUAAAUCAGGAAAAAAUGCAAAUAUUUUCUAGAUUAUUAACAUCAAACAGCUCAAAGAGGAGCUAAAACCAAAUAUAAAUGAACUAAAAGUCUGUUCAGCAUAAAUUACAUAAAUCAGAAUUACAGAAACAUAUGAAAUCUCCUUUUUCAGACAUUAAAAAGUUAUUUAUUUCCUUUUAUAAAUACCAAUUAUUUGCACUUAAAGAGCAAAAAAUGAAUAAAUAAUUUCCCUUGAAGAUGUGAUGCCACUUUUCAGGCAUUAAAUCAUCUAUUUUUAGUUAAGUUGAGUUUGCUCAGUAAUGUGGAAGGAAGUGUGAUGAAAUUAAAAAAGCACAAAACUUCCUCAUUUAAUGUCAUCAUGAUUUAACAUUGAAACAGUUCUGCUUUGUCCCACUGGCAGUGAACGCACUUGGUUGGUGAGUUUUUCUAAAAAUCCUGCAUGUCAUUCUGGACCUGUUUUUUUUUUUUCUUUUUUAAUGAGCAUAAAAACUACACACUGGGAGG